AUGAACACCUCCACGUCCGGCAGCCAGCUGAGACAGCCCGAGCCCCAGGACGUGGCCGCCUUCACUCCCAUCUCCGUUGUCAGGAGCGUGACGAAGAAAUCCGAUGCCCUGCCCAUGAUCUCCGUGAUCGUCGUCAUCUUCGUCCUCUUGGCCGUCUUCAUCAUCGUCGUGGUCCACUACGGCCCUCACCUCCGCACCGUCCAGAUCACCCUUUACCACGAGCCCAUGCCACAGGACCUGGACAAUGGGGUGCACCUCACGGACUGGAAGAAGCUGGGCUCCCAGAAGAAGCUGCCUGCCCAGCCCUGCCAGCGGGAGCUGGGCAGCGCGGACGCGGCCGGCAUGAGCUGCCAGUGCUCCUGCAAGCAUCACAUUCCCUGCGGGAGCGCUGAGCCCAGUGUCAUCGAGAUCACGUACCUGUGA